CAUAAGUUCAAGGUACCAAAAUUUGAAAAAUAUGAUGGUACAAAGUGCCCCAAAACCCAUAUCACCAUGUAUUGCAGGAAGAUGGCAGCUCAUGCACAGGAUGAGAAACUCUUGAUGCAUGUUUUUCAAGACAGUCUUACUGGUUCUGCGGCCAGAUGGUAUGUUCAACUGGACAGGACUCGCAUUCGCUCUUGGAGCGAUAUGGCGCAUGACUUUAUCAGUCAAUACCGACAUAUCAUCGAUUUGGCUCCAGAUCGUUUGUCUUUACAGAAUCUGGAGAAAAAGACAAACGAAUCUUUUAAAGAGUAUGCCCAGAGGUGGAGAGAUAUUGCUUCUCAGGUACAGCCUCCUCUGACCGAGAAAGAAACUACAGUGCUAUUUGUUAGCACUUUAAAACCUCCCUAUUAUGAAAAGAUGAUAGGGAAUGCAACAAAGAAUUUUGCCGAUAUGGUAAUUUCAGGAGAAAUCAUUGAAAGUGCCAUCAAGAAUGGCAAGCUAGAAGGGAAUGAAGCAUCUAGCAAAAGAAUCCCAAAGAAAAAAGAAACUGAAGCUCAGGCUGUGAGCUUUGAUAGACAGCAACUUAGGGGUUAUUCGCCCUACCCCCCACCAGAAUAUCUGCCCUAUCACCCCACUGUAAAUAACACUUCUUUUCACCCAUACCAACCAUCAUACCCCCAAACCUAUCAAACCUCUCAUAGACCCCAAAACACCAUGUACAGUUCUAACAUUCAACCCACCCCAAAACCACAAAUUCGCCCAACUAACCCUGCUGGUGGCUCGCGGGAGCAACGAACCACUCGCGAAAGACCUAUUUUUGACCCUAUUCCCAUGACCUAUACGGAAUUAUACAAGGAGCUCUACAACAAUCAUUUGAUUGCUCCAAGUAAAUUGGAACCCCUCAAGCCACCUUACCCUAAGUGGUAUGAUCCCACUGCCCACUGUGACUACCAUUAUGGGAAAGAAGUGGUAGAUAUUAAGACACCUCUCGAUCAGUUGUUUGAUGUCUUACGAAAAGCAGACAUGAUGCAACUGGUAAGUCCACACAGCUAUCAUGGAGCAUAUAUAGCUGGUACUAGUUGUAAGUAUCAUAGUGGGGCAAGAGGCCACUCCAUUGAGACCUGCCUGAAAGCUGUUCCCAAACCAGUGACAAUUCGGUGUGGAAACAAACCAAAAUCAGUCAUAGACAAGCUCCUCCCUAGGCCGGUAACUUUUAAAGUCCCAACUCCUUUCCCAUACAAAGAUGAUAAAGCUGUACCCUGGAGAUAUGGAUGUGACGCUGUAGUGCAGGGGCAAAAAGAAGAGGUCUCCAAAGCCGAUGCUUCUAACAUUACUGGUGUAGGAGGCAUUACUCGAAGUGGGAGAUGUUACACCCCAGAAAUGCUAGAGAAGGCUAGAAGAGAGAAGGCUAAAGAAGGAGAAAGACGAAAUAAUCCAGAGAUAGAGCCUGAAGAAGAUCAGCCAAAGCCAGUAUCAGAAAGGGAGGUUUGUGAAUUCCUGAAGCUGGUAAAACAUAGUGAAUAUUCAGUUGUGGAACAGUUGAAUAAAAUGCCAGCUCGAAUCUCAUUGUUAUCACUGUUGCUGAAUUCAGAGCCACAUCGAAAUGCCUUGCUGAAAGUGUUGAAUCAGGCAUACGUGGCACAUAACGUGUCUGUCGAAUAUGUGAAUCACUUGGCUGGAAACUUAGUCAUGCCAAAUCACAUUUCAUUCAGUGAUGAUGAGAUUUCUUUGGAGGGAAAGAGAAAUGCUAAGGCCUUGCAUAUCACAGUAAAGUGCCAGAGCCAUAUCAUAGCUAAAGUCCUUAUCGAUAAUGGUUCUGCCAUCAAUGUCAUGCCUAUGUCAACUUUGGCAAGGCUACCCAUCGAUUAUUCUCAUAUGCGAGAUAGUCAGAUGAUUGUGAGAGCCUUUGAUGGAACCAGAAAAGAAGUCCUGGGGGAUAUUGAGAUGCCCUUACAAAUUGGGCCGUGCACCUUCAAUAUAACAUUUCAAGUGAUGGAUAUCUCUCCAUCCUACAGCUGUCUGUUAGGAAGGCCAUGGAUUCACAUGGCAGGAGCUGUACCCUCUACUUUGCAUCAAAAGAUCAAAUAAUGUGAAGGUCAAUUAGUAGUGGUAGUUGGGGAGGAAGACAUGCUAGUGACCCAACCAUUGAACACUCCAUAUGUAGAGGCUACCGAAGAAGCAUUGGAGUGCUCCUAUCGAUCUUUUGAAUUGGUCAAUACUGUAGGUGAAGGAUUUCAAAGUCAGCCUUUUUCAAAGAUAGUGGUGAGCCAAGUCAUCAACAAAGGCUGGUGUCCAGGACUUGGGCUAGGCAAAAAUUUGCAGGGAAUUAAAGAACCUCCGACAAUAGCAGACAAUAGCGACAGGGCAGGCUUAGGAUAUGAGAUGGCAGAGUGGGAAGUCAAAAGAAGGCCAUCAAGAAAGACAGCAAGACUGAUGUUUAUCCCACACUUGUACGAAACCUUCAGACCUGGAGGAUUUAUGAACCCAGGUGCAAAGAAAAGUGUGGAAGAGGACUUUGCCCAGUUAGCCAUUAAUGCUGUUGAAGAUGAAGUGGAGUUCAACAAAGAAGAAUGGGUUCGCCUUUGUCCACAAGACUAUGAGCUGAACAAUUGGAGUGCCAUUGAAAUGCCUCUAACUUUUGAUUUUGAUAAAAAUGUAAUUGUGACAUCUCAAUACUUUGAGAAUUCAAUCAAUACUGAUGAACUUGAUAAUGAAGAGAAUUCUGAAGAAUAUGUUAUGCCUCCGGACCUAAUGAGGAUGAUUGAACAAGAGAAUAAGCCAAUUGAGCCUCAUCAGGAGGUAGUGGACUUAGUGAAUCUAGGAGAUGAAGAGAAUAAAAAAGAGGUCAGAAUGGGUACUUCACUUACAUCUGAAGAUAGGCAACGGUUGGCAGAUCUACUUUGUGAAUUUGUAGAUAUAUUCGCUUGGUCUUACCAGGAUAUGCCAGGACUGAGCACAGGGAUAGUGGAGCACAGAUUGCCCCUAAAGCCAGAAUGUAAGCCAGUUCAGCAAAAACUGAGACGGAUGAAGCCCGAAAUGCUGCUAAAGAUUAAAGAGGAGGUGAAGAAACAAUUCGAUGCAGGUUUUCUACAAGUGGCCAAGUAUCCAGAAUGGGUAGCCAAUAUAGUCCCAGUUCCUAAGAAAGAUGGAAAAGUACGAAUGUGUGUAGACUAUCGGGAUUUGAAUAAGGCUAGCCCAAAGGAUAACUUUCCUUUGCCUCAUAUCGACACGCUGGUAGAUAACACAGCUAAGCAUUCGAUUUUCUCUUUUAUGGAUGGUUUCUCGGGGUACAAUCAGAUAAAAAUGGCUGCAGAUGAUAUGGAAAAGACUACUUUUGUGACCAUGUGGGGAACUUUCUGCUACAAAGUCAUGCCUUUUGGGUUAAAGAAUGCUGGGGCAACAUAUCAAAGGGCCAUGGUAACACUCUUCCAUGACAUGAUGCAUAAAGAGAUAGAGGUGUAUGUAGAUGAUAUGAUUGCAAAGUCUUGUGAGGGUGAAGAUCAUGUUACUAGCCUCAGAAAGUUAUUUGAGAGGUUAAGGAAAUUUCAGCUCAAAUUAAACCCAGCCAAGUGCACCUUUGGGGUAAGGUCAGGAAAGUUGCUAGGCUUUGUGGUCAGUGAAAGAGGAAUUGAAGUUGAUCCCGAUAAGAUACAGGCCAUCCAAAAUUUGUCACCUCCCAGCACGCCAAGAGAAGUUCGAGGUUUUCUGGGGAGAUUGAACUACAUCUCUCGGUUUAUCUCUCAGCUUACUUACAAAUGUGAUCCCAUAUUUAAGCUUCUCCGUAAGAAUAAUCCUGGGAAAUGGAACGAAGAAUGUCAAGAGGCAUUUGAUAAAAUUAAGCAGUAUUUAUCGAACCCUCCAAUAUUGGUGCCACCUGUUCCAGGAAGACCUUUAAUUCUGUACCUAACUGUAAAUGAAAAUUCAAUGGGAUGUGUGCUGGGGCAGCAAGAUGAAGCUAGCCGAAAGGAGAGAGCUACUUACUAUCUGAGUAAAAAGUUCACGGAAUAUGAAUCCAAGUAUUCUUCAUUGGAGAAAAUGUGUUGUGCAUUAGCGUGGACUGCCAAAAGACUCAGACAGUAUAUGCUUUAUCACACUACGUGGCUCAUAGCAAAAUUGGAUCCAAUUAAGUAUAUCUUCGAGAAGCCUUCUUUGUCAGGAAGAAUCGCUAGAUGGCAAGUAAUGCUCUCAGAAUAUGACAUUAUAUAUGUGAGCCAAAAAGCAAUAAAAGGAGGCGCUAUAGCAGAAUUUCUUGCAGAUCGUGCUACUGAAGAGUAUGAGCCGAUGAAGCUGGAAUUCCCUGACGAAGACUUAAUGACUAUUUCCCGACUGGAGGAAAGGGAGCAUAUGGAAAGAUGUUGGAGAAUGUACUUUGAUGGAGCUGCUAACGCCUUGGGGCAUGGAAUUGGGGCAAUUUUGAUUUCUCCAGAAGAACAAUACUAUCCUGUAACAGCGAGGUUAAAUUUUAAUUGCACAAAUAACAUCGCUGAGUAUGAGGCAUGUGUCAUGGGCCUGCAAGCUGCUAUAGAAAGAAGAGUGAAAGUACUGAAAGUAUUUGGAGACUCAGCUCUAGUCAUAUACCAGUUGAAAGGAGAAUGGGAGACGAGAGAUUCAAAACUCGUUCCGUAUCAUAAGUAUAUUCUAGAGCUGACAAAACAAUUUGAAGAUGUCCAGUUCGAUCACUUACCCCGGGAAGAGAAUGUGAUUGCUGAUGCAUUGGCUACUCUGGCCGCGAUGAUUCGAAUUAAUCAUAAUACGGACAUUCAGCCCAUCAAGUUAGAUGUUAAGGAUAUACCAGCGUAUUGUUCUAAUGUAGAGGGGGAAAGAGAUGGAAAACCCUGGUAUUAUGACAUCUUACAGUAUGUCAAGGAUCAGCAGUAUCCAGUUCAUGCAACAGAAAAUGAUAAAAGGGUCAUCCGAAGAUUGGCUAUGAGCUUUUUCCUGGAUGGGGAUGUCCUGUACAAAAGAAGUAAAGAUAAAGUAUUAUUGAGGUGUGUAGAUGAGACUGAAGCGAAGAAAAUCAUUAAAGAGGUGCAUGAGGGAAUAUGUGGGGCACAUGCUAGUGGACAUAUGAUGGCAAGACAGAUCAUGAGAGCGGGAUAUUACUGGUUGACGAUGGAGAAUGAUUGCAUCGACUAUGCUCGUAAAUGUCAUAAAUGCCAGAUAUAUGCUGAUAAGAUCCUUGCUCCACCAUCUGCUUUACAUGUUAUGGCACCAUCAUGGCCAUUUUCAAUGUGGGGCAUGGAUGUCAUUGGUCCAAUCACUCCAAAAGCUUCUAACCGGCACAGAUUCAUUUUUGUGAUGAUAGAUUACUUCACAAAGUGGGUGGAAGCAGCAUCAUAUGCAAAUGUGACACGCUCCGUGGUUUGCAAGUUCAUAAAGAAAGAGAUCAUUUGUAGAUAUGGACUUCCGGAGAGAAUUAUUUCAGACAAUGCCAAGAAUCUAAAUAGUAAGAUGAUGCAAGAAAUAUGUGCUCAAUACAAGAUCAAGCAUCAUAACUCGGCACCUUAUCGUCCGAAAAUGAAUGGAGCAGUUGAGGCAGCCAAUAAGAACAUAAAGAGGAUUCUGGAGAAGAUGACCGAGACUUACAAAGAUUGGCAUGAGAAGUUGCCAUUUGCCUUGCUUGCAUAUCGAACGUCAGUUCGCACCUCUACUGGGGCAACCCCAUUUUCUUUGGUUUAUGGGAUGGAAGCUGUACUACCAGUGGAAGUAGAGAUCCCCUCUUUGAGAGUCUUAAAAGAAGUUGAGUUGGAAGAGGCUGAAUGGAUUCGAGAACGUUAUGAGCAGUUAAAUUUCAUAGAAGAAAAGAGAUUGACUGCACUGUGCCAUGGUCAGUUAUACCAAAGAAGAAUGAUGAGGGCUCAUGAUAAGAAGACUCGGCCUCGUUGCUUUCGAGAAGGAGAGUUGGUUUUGAAAAGAAUUCUCCCAAUCCAGCACGAUAGUAGAGGAAAAUGGACUCCGAAUUGGGAAGGGCCGUAUGUGGUGAAACGGGCUUUUUCGGGUGGAGCAUUGAUACUGACUGAGAUGGAUGGAAACGAUUUACCCCAUCCUGUAAAUUCUGAUGCUGUGAAGAAAUACUAUGCUUGA